UGCAAAUUAUUGUUAAUGUGCAUUAAUAUAAUAAUUAGCAUAUUAAUGUGAAUUAGUGUUAAUUCCCGCGCUUGUGCGGAAUGCGAAAUAUCAUCUGGUAGACGUUCAGUUAAAUGGACAAAAGUCCACUUAUAUUUUGUUAUCCUCAAAUCAACCAAUGCAAACCGCAAGGAAAACAUUGUUUAACUUUUCCCUGGGGUUAUGGAUUUUGUACAUAUCACAUUCAGCGAGUGAGUGAACCUUAUAAUUAUUGUCAACAGUGCUUGUAUAUCGGCCCGUUUUGCAAUACAAAAUCACUGCUAGGAGAAAAACUUUGCUAAAGCGCUUCAGCGUUCAAGUAAAGCGUAUAGAUUUUUUUCAUUGUGUUAAUUUAAAACCAUCCUGAUUUUUUCCUCAUCAUAUCAAUAAUUUUCAUUGAUUUUGGAAUCAAAAUUCUUGGCUGCCUACCGGUUGAAAACGUUGUAUUACAAUACUGGUAGAGCAAUGUCGGGAAGUACUGAAAAAUCUAACAAGUCCAAGGGAAGAAAGCCGCCGUCGUAUCACAGUAGGCAGAUCCCCCCGCCCAAACCCCCCAAAACCAAGAAAGAUGACAUUUUCAGCCUGGAGAAGUAUAAAUACGUGGAUGACUAUGUCCUCAAUGCCCCUCCCAAGCUGCUGAUGGGGUCAUUUAAGGAGCUCAUCAGAUACCUGACCGCGGAGGAGGACUGGGAUGACGUAGCCAAAGCACGUGCCAUCUUCCGGUGGGUGACCGCUAUUGAUGUGUACAGUCUUAAGGUGGACAGCGACCCCCCAACUCACUCACCCCUGGAGUACUUCACCAAAAUCCAAAAGAACCAAGGCAACCACGCCCACUUGGUUUCAGGAUUAUGUCAAAUGGCAGGUUUGCCCUGCGUCAUCAUCAGCGGGAUGAACAAAAGCGCAGCCUAUGAGAUCGGCAGCAAAUGUGAAAGAAAACAAAUGGGGGCCCAGUGGAACGCCGUAUACAUCCAGGACGACUGGAGAUUCAUCGAUGCUUUUUGGGCAUCAGCCUGUGUGGUAGGGAAGAAGUCGAGUGAGUGGACACUUGUUGACAGUGACGGCAAUGUGACACAAGAGGACGAAGAGGAAUCGGAGGGAGAAACACAGCACCGUGUGAAUGAAUUCUACUUUCUGCCCGAUCCAGACCAACUCAUAUGGACGCACUUCCCGGAUGAGCAAGACUGGCAGUUAUUGGCAAAACCAAUCACGGUUAAGGAUUACGAAACCCACGUGUACGUGAGAGAAAGGUUUUACUACCUUGGCAUCAAUUUUACACCACAGAGUGAAAUGAAAUGCAUAUUAAAUACCAAAGACGGUGAAAUCUCCCUUCCUUUUUCACUGCCGCCUGAUCGGAGUGAAUUCUUCAGAUUCAAGUACAUGCUGUAUAAGAACAGAUCUGCUGACGGUGACCAAUCAGGUGCGGAUGUCAAUUUGGAUCGGUUCGUCUUGUUUGAGCAUACAGCCGACAGUCUUCGUUUUGCAUUAAGGUUUCCUCUCUCAGGAAAGUUCAAGAUGGAUAUUUUCGGGUUAGACACGCGACAGUCUGAUAUCUUUGAUUUAACCUGUACGUAUCUCAUCCAUUGUCCCAACGCACAAAAGAAUUGCCUUCCUUUGCCAGAUUGUCCGCCCAUUGGUUGGGGUUUUGGUGGAGAGGCUAAGAACGCUGGACUAGAAGCAAAAUCUCACGAUGGCGCAAUCAUCAUUACCAAGGACGGAAAAGUUGAGAUAAAGUUGGGUGCGCACAAGGACAUUCGACUUCACCAGUUGCUGAAAAACACUAUUGUUGAUGAGGCAACGCUCAGCAAGUACGCAGUUAUCCGGGAAGAAAAUGGAGAGUUCAUUGUUGAUCUGCGAUUACCACAAGGGGGUGAAUACGCAUUAAAAUUGUAUGCAAAUGAAGACGGAGAAGAUGGGGAAGCUGGCAAUGUUUUGAAUUAUCUGAUCAAAUGUAACGAGAAGAACCUAUCGAACAAGCCUUUCCCGAAUAUUACCGAUGGCUUCAUCGGUAAGAAGUCCAUUGCUGAUGCCUUGGGGGUAAAAGCCUUAUCUCACAAAGAUGGUAAAAUACACUCGAAAGAUGGAAGAACAAGGUUAGAAUUUCAGGCCAAGAACAAUAUGGAACUUGUUUGUGAACUUCACAGUAAUGACCCCAAUGCUACUAAGCAUAUGAAGGUCUACCCGAAGGAAGUUAACGGCAAGUGGAUAUUUGAUGUGGACAUGCCGAUCGAGGGAGAAUACUCGGUCAACAUUUUUGCCAAAAAGAAGGGUGAUGAGAACAAAAGAAUAUACAACGUUUAUUCCUACAUGAUUGAGUCAGAUGGACAUGAGUUGGAAAACGGCGAGGUAAAUGAAUCAAAAGAUGAUGAAGAUACAAAAGAAGAAAUCAAAGUUGUUACAGAAACUGUUCAAACGUCAGAGAAAGAAAUCUUGAUACCAGUACCCAAAGGUUUCGAUAACGUUGUAGCUUGUCUUCACAGGAGGCACGCAGACGACCAACCGAACGCCCAGGAUCUGGAAUUUAUGGAACAAGAUGGAAUGAAACUAUUCAAAGCCACCUUUGACGAAUACGGAGAAUACAUUAUGGAUCUCUACCAGAAAGAUGAAAAUGGUCAAUUAAAGAAUUUAGCGAGAUAUCAGGUCAAUAGAAAACCUGCUUCUGAGCUGUACCAAGACGACGCUCGUUUGUUGAUGGAACAGUUGCAAUCUGACAUGAAACAAAAUCGUGAAGAUGAAGAGAGAAAGCAAGAUGAAUCUGACAAAGAACUAGGAGCUCUUAAGAGGGACAUUCAGCGAGCAAUGGACUUGAAGGAUCCGGAAAUGCUUGAAAGAAGCAUAGCCGCUUUUGAAGCAACCAACCCACCUGAAAACGACAAACUGUUGCAGAAGGCUAAGAGGCUUCUGGAACUACUUCGAGCUAAAGAAGAGUUGAAUACUGCAUCACACAGUCGAAGCCUGCAAGAUUUGGAUAAAGCUAUCGCCCGCGCAAAGGCAGCUAACUAUGACAGUCUUCUGGACCUACAAAUAGUUAUGGCAGGUCGCCUUAGGGAUCAACUACACAGGAUUGAAAAACUACGCCACUCAGUUCUUAACAUGGACAACAGGACUAUAUCUGAGAUUCGAACCUACGGCAAUCCACCAGAUGGUGUCCACCAAUCACUUCAGGCCGCCUUCCUUUUGCUUGGACAUUCCAAGAAAGAUGUUAAGGUAUGGAAAACGUGCCAGAGCAUCCUUGGAAAAACAGGUCGGGAUUCAGUCAUGCGUAAAAUUUCCGGCUUUGAUCCCAAAGACUGCUUUCUGGAUGUUGCAUUGUCAGCUAAAGCGGUGAUUGAACCAUAUUCAUUGGAGCAAAUCCGUGAUGUUAGUGCUGGGGCUGCAACGUUUUUCGUUUGGGCUAAGGGAAUGAUUGAAGAAGUCGAGGCUACAGGUGGCGCUCAAAGACCAGACGACAAAAUGAAAGACACGUCCACCAGUAAAAAGGGGGGCGCCGGUCAAGGGGCGAAGAAAAAGAGGAAGUAGAAAGAAUUGAUUACGUCACUUACAUCGUCCUUGGCAAAAAGAGCACCUUUAUCUCUUUGUUGUAUACUACUGUUGAAAUUGUUUCUUUGUGCGAAAGAAUUGUGAAAUUGGUUUACUAUUGAUACGUUAUAUGAAGACUGUGAUACAAGAACUGUUUGCUAUUUAAAAAUAAUUUUGCUUUAUUGGGUUUCUGUUUUGCAUUGAGAGGUGCCUUUUUCUCUUAUUCUUUUUAUAUUGCAUGCUAAAGUAAGUGAUUAACACUACGAUUUAUUGUUAUUCAUUUGUUUACAGUGUAACUUCUAAAACAUCGAUUUAAAAUAACUAUAACCUAAGAUAUGAUAAUCAUUAUAAUUAUUCAUGCCAAGGUUAUUCCGAAUUUAAAAGUUUUGUUUACUAUAGUUAAGAUGUAUUGAAUUACAUUGUAUCACUUGCAUAUUGUAUAUUUGAGUUGAAGAGGUGUACAGAAUAAGUCAUUGUGAAGAAUCCAAAGUGCAGAAACUUAAAGGAGUCGACAUGAAAGAAACCGAACGCAACCCGAAAUACCAAUGUAUGGUGCACAGUCUUUGGAGAAGAAAGCUUUAUGUUCUGUUGUUAUUUUACACACUGUAUAGGCCUACACAUGUUCUUUUUUUAUGAAUUUCCGUCCAUUUUCUGUUACUUAUACUUUAAUAAAUACAUUUUAAUCAUU